AUGGCAUCAGAAGACCCAUACGCCGCUUCAUUGACCAAAUUUGGCAACCAAAGUUUGAUCUGGAGCCCUCCAGACGAUCCAGAACGAGUCUACACUUUUAUUCGAAAACAGACCCGCUUCAACAAAACGGAUCAGAAAAACUACCACUACUACGUGUGUCAAGAUUGUCGGCUGAUUCGAGACAAACAAGUGAAAGAAAAAACUGAUAUGGCACAAUGGAGCGCACCGAGAAUUACUAUGACGGACAAUAUGGUCAUGAUCAAGAGUCCAAUGGAAACAUUGGAAGGACAUCGAUGUGCGAGAAAGACGAGGGAUAGUGUUAAGGAAUGCAAAAAGUAAGCUAAACUUCAUUUUUAAAAUUUAAAUUUGGAAAAAAUUGGUUUUAUGUUUUCAAAUUCCACAAAAGACAUUUUCAAAAAUUUUGUCAAAAGGUGAUGAACGUUGUUGUUGCUGAACAUAAUGCGACGCAAAUUCCUCGUUGAUUCAUUAUUGCUUUUGUCUUUUCAGGCUUGACAUCUACGACGAGCGGGCUUCGUUGGGCAAGAGUUCGGGUGGAUCGACGCCUUCAAGCAACCCCUCACCACCGCCUUUUGCGUCGAGUCCCAGCUUCUUCCACGCCUCCUCAUCACCAUCGUUGGUGAAUGUGGACUGGAGUGGGUUGGCUUCGUUUUAUGCUCAAAAUGGCAAAAGUUCCGGUCCUUCAAAUGGGUCUACCUCAACGUUAACUUCAUCAGCUGAAACGUUGUCAUCGUCGGUAAAGUCGGAGUACUCCAGCUCAACGACCUCAAACUUAAACUCUGCCCAAUCAACCAGUUCUUCCGGUUCAUCAUUAGCUACUCCAGUUGCAUCACCCUCCUCUACUCCAUUGAACUCUUCAAAUACUCCUACAGGUUCGGUACCACCCUCAUCCAAAAAAGCGACGAAACGAAGCCUAGACCAAUGGAGUGAAGUGUUGCUGAAAAAGAAGUGUGAAGAAGAGCCGCUGCGAGUACAGUACCCAACAUACGACGCGUUAAUGGGCUUCACGAUUCAGCUUUUGAAAGAAAAGCAUGAGCGUGAACUUAACGAGAGGCCAAAGAAGACGGAGAAGAAGAAUAAAGCAACCUUAGAGCAAAAGAAAACGGCCGAAAAAAUGAGCAACAUGAGCAUGGACCAGCUGACCCAGCUUCUACCAGUUAUUAAACUUCUUAUGGCUAACAAUCGUAUCAAAACCGAGCAAGAUGUUAACAUCUAA